AAGCGGUGCACUCUGGGAAAGGCAGCGAGGUCGCCAUUUUUGUACAGCUGGUGGUCGAGGUGCACUUGUCCGUAAAUGUAGUUUUUUCUUUGGGAUUGAGGGUAAACAGGCAGCAAAAUCGACUCACAACUGAUCUUAAGCAUCGAGAGGCUACUUUCGGAAGAACCUAAAAUGGCUCAAUACGUUCGAGUCACCGAAGACGAGUCGCUUCCAGCCAUCGAACUUCCCACAGAGUCGGACGGAGCGAUCUUGCUCUCGACGUUGCAAGCUCAAUUUCCCGGGGCUUGUGGAUUAAGGUAUAAAAAUCCCGAGACAGACAGCUGGCGAGGAAUUCGCUUGUUGGACAACAUGCUCUGCCCGCCAGCUGAUGAGGGAUGGGGCUGCCAUUUGUAUGUUGUGGUGCAAAAAAAUGAUGGUACUACUAAAAGGAAAAUAGAAGAGUCGCCUAACACGGUCAAAGAGCCAGAAUCUAAAAUGACCAAGAUCUCUUCUCCAGAGGAUGGGUUAGGAGACCUUAUUGUCUUGGGGCUUCCCUGGAAAGCCACUGCAGAAGACAUGAAGGAAUAUUUUCAAAAGUUUGGUGAAGUGGUUAUGGCUGAGGUAAAAAUGGAUUAUGGCAGUAGCAAGUCUAGAGGAUUUGGGUUUGUUAAUUUUAGGGACCCAGAAGUGGCUAAAACAGUGUUGUCUCAGGUUCAUCGCAUUCAAGGCCGCCUUUGUGAAGUGAGACUGCCACGAUGUAAGCAAGAGUUCAUGCCAAAGAAGCUAUUUGUUGGGCGUCUUCCUGAUUCAACAUCUGAGGGAGAUCUUCUGGAUUAUUUUAGCAAGUUUGGUGAAGUGAUUGAUGUUUACAUUCCAAAACCUAUGCGUGGAAUUUCAUUUGUUACAUUUGCUUCAGGAGAAGUUGCUAAGAAAGUCCAGUCCCAGAAUCACCGCUUGGGACCAAAUCUGCUCAAUGUGAACUUUGCUGAGCCAAAGUCAGCAAAAAAUACGCACAUGCCCUCCCCAGCAGACAUGCAACCUGUGCCAUCUCCAAACUCCAUCCCUGGGGGAUGGGGUGGCAUAGGAUUUGACAUGUACGGAAUGGGCUCAUGGAGUAAUGCAAGUCGUCAAAAUCUGCCAUACAACGCGUCGGCGGCUUACAACACCAUGAUGCAGAGCAUGAUGAACAUGGGGAAUCCAUCAGGUGCUGCCGCUAACAUGAUGGCUAACAGACAAGGACGCCGUUGAAUAUCCGGGGUAGGAUUUUCUCUCUAUUUGUGGAUAAGAGCAUUCACUGUAAAUUUUAGAAACCUUUUAGAUGGUGGUUUUUUGUUUGAAAGCAAAAUGGCUACUGAAUUUGAAACUCCGGAUGAGUCAUUGUUACACAAUGACAUCGCUAACUCCAGGUCUUGUUUUGGAGUAUUGCUACAUAUCCUUAGAAGUGAGAAAGACCCUGUUUACAGUGUGUUAAUGAGUGGACAUUUUAUUAGUAACAUCUGGACAACUCUCUCCAUGGGUACCUCAUGUUUUUAUCUACUACAUGUAGUUCUGUGAAUCAAACCAAAAAGUUCAUAAAUCUACUAAAGCUAGAUCACUUCAAAGUUCCACCACAUUUUAGUGUCUAUUAUUAGUAGUGUCUCUGAUUUGGUAGAAUUGUGCUAAGUUGAUAUCAAUUAAAGAGGAUAAGAUUUCUUAGCUCAAAUCUCCCCUGAUACCAAGGGGUAAUCAUGAACUGAGUGAAGUUCUUCGAUGGUGACAUUUUUGUUUCUCAGGCUAGAGGAUUUAAAAUUAUUUUCGCAAAUUAACACUGUAUUAUUAUGUUAGCAAUACUUUGUGCUCUGUAGUUAACCUUCCAACAAUAGCCAAAGUGCGGCCAAUUGGAAGAGAUGUCAUUGAAAUGGAAUAUAGUCCUUGUUUCCAGCAGUAGUACUGAAUGUUCUGUCUUGAUAAUAUCGGAACUUUGACUGAAUUAAUAGGUACUUUGGUCUAAUAACAACAGUGAAUAUUCAAUAUUCAUAGUUUCAUUCAAGUUGUCAGUGGAAGAAAGGACUUGCGGAGAACAUUGAAGUGGAUUUGAUUCAGGGACAUUUAUAUGAAGCAGUGUAUGAGAAGAGAGAGAGUUUGAGAACUGAACUGUCUAAUGACUCUGACAGAAUGAUAAUGCAUUUUAGGCAGUGAAGGUUGACCUUAUAAUUUAUACAGUUAGGGAAAAGAAAAGUGAACUGUUAACUGGUAUUUUUUAGAGAGAGUGGUGCUGAUAGAGAACUGUGGAAAAGAACAUUAAUUGAAUAAAGGACUUGUAGCAAGUAAUGAAGUUAUUAGCUUAGAGACUGACAAUUACACUGUCUCAAACUCCUUUUGCAUUUUUAUGUGAUGAGUUGCAACAUUUACAUGUUGUAGCAACCACAGAACUCACGAUGUUUACAAAUAUGUACAGUAUACAUUAUAAACAUUCAAGUUACCUUUAAAUAAGUGUGAAUUUACCAUCCUUAACCUGAGAUUGAGCUUUUGAGAAGAAGAGAACAAUAAAAGUUUGUAAAUAUUGUGUUCAUGUGUGUCGCCAAGUGGUAAGAGUGAAGAGUAUGUAACAUUUUAAAUUAAAGAUCUACUGGAAAUAGAAUAAGUAGAAAAUUGAUUGGCACAAGACUAACUGUGAUUGAGAUGGUUUGAUCGGAAUGAUGCCUGAAGUAAUGAGAGCGCAGCACCAAGAGUCAGACUUUGUGCUACCACAUGACUGUGAGAAAUGAACAGUCCAUUGCAGGCUCUCAGAUUGUAGGAAAGAUGUCAGAAAAAAAAGGAAUAAUAUAAAUUGCCAACAAGAGUGUUUCUGUAUGCUGGUUUCUUUUAUACACCUGCCCAUUUUACCUGUUUAUCCUGAUCUGAGAGCCUGGAAUAGGCUGCAAUAGGAGUACUGAAUGCUUUAAUAACAAAUUGUCUGGGUUAUGAGUAGUCUCUGAUGGAAGUCAAGAGUCCAGUGCUGAUUGAGUGUCAUCGAAUGGUGAAGUGCAAAGUUGUGAGUAUCAGUGGGUUACUGAGGGGAUGCCGAACGGUAUGGCGUGCCCAGAAUGCCUUCAGAGUGAAGUAAGAAUUUGAAGUGGUGGGAGGUAAUAGUGAGUGAGUCAAGGAACACUGUAAGUACACUACAAAAGCUUUUUUAUUGUUGAAAAGGAAAUGCAUGAGUGUUAACCUUUAAGAAGCAGUCGCAAAAUGCUGCUUGUAGAUAAAGCCCUAUGUAAAGCCAAAUAUUAUCUACAAACUAGAAUGAAAAACUGGCAGUCCUUGGUUACUAGAUAUCACGUUCAUUUGUUGUGGUUGUGAUAAGUCCAGUUUGUAACAGUUGAAGCACUAAAUGUACAUUAUAGACAAACAUCAGUCUACAACACAACUCUGCAACAUCUUCAAAUCCCAAAUAAUCAAGUUACUAUUUUACAAAGUGAAGAAAAGGUAAAGAUGUCUGUGUGUUAGUGUGAUGUUUAUCUCCAUUGCUGCAUAAGUUAAUUGGUUUUUUCAACUGUAUUUCAAACAGGCUAAUCCUUGGUCUUAUCAUGUAAUGUCAGUGGAAGGGAGGUUGCAUGAGUUAAAUGUUCACUGCUGGGAAAACAGAGCAAAGAUGGUUACUAUCUGAUUUCUAAUCAAGUAUAGAUUUUUCAUCCUCACUGUAACCUUGGAGAGGGGUAGGGUGACAGCAUCCCCUGACCCUGUGUGGUCACUUGGCCGUUAGAGUGAUGUAAUGUGAUUAUCGUAGAAGGAACCUACAGUGAAUGGAAAUAAAUAUAAAUGUUAAAAUCA